AUGCUUCUGCUGGGCAUCCUAACCCUCGCUCUUGCCGCGGGACCCGCUGGCGGCUCAGAGCCAGAGCGGGAGGUGGUGGUGCCCAUCCGACUAGACCCGGACAUCAACGGCCGCCAAUACUACCGACAGGGUCCCGAGGACCCGGGGGAUCAGGGGCUAAUUUAUCAGAUUACAGCGUUUCAGGAGGACUUUUACCUACACCUGACACCAGAUGCUCAGUUCCUGGCGCCCGCCUUCGCCACUGAGCAUCUGGGUGUCCCCCUCCAGGGGCUCUCCGGGAGCUCCCCAGACCUGCGACGUUGCUUUUACUCUGGGGACGUGAACGCCGAGCCGGAUUCGUUCGCUGCUGUGAGCCUGUGCGGGGGGCUACGCGGAGCCUUCGGUUACCGAGGCGCCGAGUAUGUCAUUAGCCCGCUGCCCAACGCCAGCGCGUCCGCCGGGCAGCGCAACAGCCAGGGCGCACACCUCCUCCAGCGCCGGGGCGCCCCUGGCGGGCCUGCCGGAGAUCCCACCUCUCGCUGCGGGGUGGCUUCAGGCUGGAACCCCGCCAUUCUGCGGGCUCUGGACCCUUACAAGCCUCGGCGGACCGGUUUAGGGGAGAGUCGCAACAGGCGCAGAUCUGGGCGCGCCAAGCGCUUCGUGUCAAUCCCGCGGUACGUGGAGACACUGGUGGUGGCGGACGAGUCAAUGGUCAAGUUCCAUGGCAUGGACUUGGAGCAUUAUCUCCUGACGCUACUGGCCACUGCGGCGCGACUCUACCGCCACCCCAGCAUUCUUAACCCCAUCAACAUCGUCGUAGUCAAGGUGCUGCUACUCGGAGACCGCGACGCAGGGCCCAAGAUUACCGGCAACGCGGCCUUGACGCUGCGCAACUUCUGUGCCUGGCAGAAGAAACUGAACAAAGUGAGUGACAAGCACGCGGAGUACUGGGACACAGCCAUCCUCUUCACCAGGCAGGACCUGUGUGGAGCCACCACCUGUGACACGCUAGGCAUGGCUGACGUGGGCACCAUGUGCGACCCCAAGAGAAGUUGCUCUGUGAUCGAGGACGAUGGGCUCCCGUCAGCCUUCACCACGGCCCAUGAGUUGGGCCAUGUGUUCAACAUGCCCCACGACAACGUGAAAGUGUGUGAGGAGGUGUUCGGGAAGCUCCAAGCCAACCACAUGAUGUCCCCGACGCUCAUCCAGAUCGACCGUGCCAACCCCUGGUCAGCCUGCAGUGCGGCCAUCAUCACCGACUUCCUGGACAGUGGGCACGGAGACUGCCUCCUGGACCAACCCAGCAAGCCCGUCGCCCUGCCCGAGGACCUGCCGGGCACCAGCUACACCCUGAGCCAGCAGUGUGAGCUGGCCUUUGGCGUGGGCUCUAAGCCCUGCCCCUACAUGCAGUACUGCACCAAACUGUGGUGCACGGGCAAGGCCAAGGGGCAGAUGGUGUGCCAGACCCGCCACUUCCCCUGGGCAGAUGGCACCAGCUGCGGCGAGGGCAAGUUCUGCCUCAAGGGGACCUGCGUGGAGAGACACAACCUCAAUAAGUACAGGGUGGAUGGCUCGUGGGCCAAAUGGGAGCCCUACGGCCCAUGCUCUCGCACCUGUGGCGGGGGAGUGCAGCUGGCCCGGCGGCAAUGCAGCAACCCCACCCCGGCCAACGGCGGCAAGUACUGCGAAGGAGUAAGGGUGAAAUACCGAUCUUGCAGCCUGGAGCCCUGCCCCAGCUCAGCCUCUGGCAAGAGCUUCCGGGAAGAACAAUGCGAGGCCUUCAAUGGCUACAACCACAGCACCAACCGGCUCACCCUCACUGUGGCGUGGGUGCCCAAGUACUCAGGUGUGUCCCCCCAGGACAAGUGCAAGCUCAUCUGCCGUGCCAAUGGCACCGGCUACUUCUACGUGCUGGCACCCAAGGUGGUGGACGGUACGCUGUGUACUCCUGACUCAACCUCAGUCUGCGUCCAGGGCAAGUGCAUCAAAGCUGGCUGCGACGGGAAACUGGGCUCCAAGAAGAAGUUCGACAAGUGCGGGGUGUGUGGGGGAGACAAUAAGAGCUGUAAGAAGGUGACAGGACUCUUCACCAAGCCCAUGCACGGCUACAACUUUGUGGUGGCCAUCCCCGCAGGCGCCUCGAGCAUCGAUAUCCGCCAGCGUGGCUACAAGGGGCUCAUUGGAGAUGACAACUACCUGGCCCUGAAGAACAGCCAGGGCAAGUACCUGCUCAACGGGCACUUCGUGGUGUCGCCCAUGGAGCGGGACCUGGUGGUGAAGGGCAGCGUGCUGCGCUACAGCGGCACGGGCAUGGCGGUGGAGAGCCUGCAGGCGUCGCGGCCCAUCCUGGAGCCCCUGACCGUGGAGGUCCUCUCCGUGGGGAAGAUGACGCCCCCGCGGGUCCGCUAUUCCUUCUACCUGCCCAAAGAACCUCGGGAGGACAAGUCCUCCCACCCCAAGGACCCCCGGGGCCCCUCUGUGCUCCACAACAGCGUCCUCAGCCUUUCCAAUCAAGUGGAGCAGCCGGACGACAGGCCCGCGGCGCGCUGGGUGGCGGGCAGCUGGGGGCCGUGCUCCGCCAGCUGUGGCAGCGGCCUGCAGAGGCGGGCCGUGGUCUGCCGCGGCCCCUCGGGGCAGCGCACAGCAUCUGCCUGCGGCGCCACCCACCGGCCGGUGGAGACGCGCUCCUGUGGGGACCCCUGCCCCACCUGGGAGCUUGGUGCCUGGUCGCCCUGCUCUAAGAGCUGUGGCAGGGGAUUUAAGAGGCGUCCGCUCAAGUGUUUGGGCCACAGCGGGCGGCUGCUGGCCCGGGACCAGUGCAACCUGCGUCAGAAGCCCCAAGAACUGGACUUCUGCAUCUUGAGGCCGUGCUGA